AUGACGUAUUUCGAGUUCGUAGAGGUCGAGAAAGACCAUCAAGAAGCUGGUCAUGAUCCCACAGAAAAUCGUCUGGUCGUCGAUCUUGUCGAUGUUAAAAUUGGCCAUGACUAUGAACCUGUUGUUAAUUACAACGUUUUGGGGUACCGUUUGGGGGAUGUCUUAGGAGUGACUGGUUUCUACAACAAUGCCCCCACAGAUUCAAUUCGUGGGAUGAUAGAAAGCGAUUAUGAGCAUCGAAGAAGACCUCCUCAAGGCAGUGACAAACGCGAAGCUAGCUCCUGCUCGAGCCACAUGACCUAA